AUGAAUUCAGACAGAGAUAAUGUGCAUCCGCUGCUCACACAUAUUAUUCCGGCAGGCCAUUGUACAUGCCAAACAUCAACGACGUUCAAUUGCUCGGAAUCACUAGCAACAUUGCCCAAGAAGCAACCAUCUAGCCCAGCGCCAGUCCCGUCAGCAGACUGGAACUUUGAAUUCGAUCGGGAUAAAGCAAAUGUGAACCUAAGCCCCUUGCAAUGCAAAACUGCAUUCCCAGGGCUCUUUGAAGACCCAUAUCGGGCAGCAGCAUUUUGGGAUUCUCAGUUCGGCAUAUCCGCCGAACAUCUAGACAAAAUCGAACUCAAAAAUGGCAUGGCCCGAGCCAUAAUACACCGGGGUGAGCUUUAUAUAGUCGCCACAAAAGCAGCACAAGAAGACCACAGGAAGAAGAUACUAGCUGUCCUAAGUUCCAUGCAUCAUGCCUUGUCAGCUACAGCAGGAAACAGAACACAGCCCAGCAUCGAGUUUGUAUUCUCCAUUGAAGACAGGAUCGACGAUAUUUCUGGGUCAGGACAUCCUAUUUGGGCCUUGUCCAGGAAGGCGUCCGAAGAGUCAAUAUGGUUGAUACCCGAUUUUGGGUUUUGGGCAUGGGAUAAUGCAGCAAAUGCCAUCGGCCCUUAUAACCAGGUGGUCGACCGGAUACAGCGACAAGAGGUUACUGUUCCUUGGUCAUCGAAGGAGAACAAGCUUGUUUGGAGGGGCAAGUUGAGCUUUGCACCGAAGCUAAGGCGGAACUUACUUGAUAUCGCCCGGGAUACGAGCUGGGGUGACGUCAAGGAGAUCGUAUGGAGCGAAAAGCAGAACUUCAUUAGCAUGGAUGACCAUUGCAAGUAUAAGUUCAUUGCCCAUGUUGAGGGCCGAGCGUAUUCCUCCUCCCUGAAAUAUCGACAAGCAUGCCGCUCUGUUGUCAUAGCGCAUAAGCUCCAAUUCAUCCAACACCACCAUUACCUCCUUCAAUCCACCGGGCCGUACCAGAACUUCGUUGAGGUAGAGCGUGAUUUCUCAGAUCUACCUGCAAAAAUGGAGCAUCUACUGUCAAACCAAGACCUCGCAGAACGAAUUGCAAAUAACAAUGUUAAGACGUUCAGAGAACGCUAUCUCACCAAGGCUGCCGAGGCGUGUUAUUGGCGAGAACUCUGGGCAAGCUGGGCAAAUGUAUUUAAUGCUGUUAUAACUGAUAGCUUUGCAGAUAGGGGAUUACGGUUUGAGUCUUUUCUGCUUCUGGAAAGUCAGAAAAUGAUGGCGUUUUCGCAUUCUAAUGUCCGUGACGUAUAG